AUGGAGGAUAAGAGAAAGCUAUUAGACCAGCCACUUCAUGGUAUAUACAUUCCGAUUGGGCUUCUUCUUUUCGGUACGUGGCUUUUUAGUUGGUCGUACAUGCCUUAUACCAUUGCAUUUAUUGUUGUGAUUGUUUCUAUCAAGUACUACUCAGCGCUCCAGCGCCGCCUGUCGAUCGAUAAGAAUGUUUGGCGUGACUUUGAACUUAUUGACCGUACACUCAUUGCACCAAUGACCUCGAUAUACCGUUUCAAACUCAAUAGAGAAGACGAGGUUCUUGACUGCCCCACCGGUCACCAUCUUGCAUGUUGCUUUACAAUUGAUGGCAAAGACGAGGUUAGAUUCUACUCUCCUAUCCUGAACCAAUUUGAUAUGGGUUUCUUUGAUAUUUUGGUCAAACAUUAUGAGAAUGGGAAAGUUACUAGGAAAUUGGCACAAUUGCCCGUUGGUCAAACUGUUAAAUUUAGAGGUUUUGUUGGUAAAUUGGACUAUAAACCAAACAUGGCAAAAGAAAUUGGACUCAUUGCUGGUGGUACUGGUAUAACACCAAUUUUGCAAGUGAUUACCCGCGUGAUUACAAAUGCCGAUGACAAUACCAAGAUUAAAUUGAUUUUCGGAAAUGAGACUGAGAAGGAUAUUUUGUUAAAGAAUGAAAUUGAUGAGAUUGCAAGCAAAUACGACAACUUUGAUGUGCACUAUACUGUUACUUAUCCAGAGUCUGGAUGGGUUGAAGAAGGUAAAGGCAGUAAAGGCUACGUCAACAAGGAGAUGAUUGAGAAAUAUGCUCCAUCAGUAGACGAUGAAAAUAUGUUAUUCAUUUGUGGACCACCCGAGAUGAAGCGCAGCUUGUUUGAAUUGACUCAAGAAAUGGGAUGGAAAAAAGAAAAUAUCUUUUGUUUUUAA